AUGCCUUUCACCCUUUUGCCUGUAUCUUCUCAUUCUCUCCCUUAUCCUUCCAAUACAACUAAGUAUCUCCAUUAUCUCAUAUUUCUCUUCUCUAUCCCUUUCCUGUAUCUUCUCAUUCUCUUAUCCUUCCAAUCUCAUUAUCCAUUAUCUCAUCUUUUUCUUCUCUCACCUUUUUGCCUGUAUCUUCUCAUUCUCUCCCUUAUCCUUCCAAUACAACUAAGAUUAUCCAUUAUCUCAUGCUUCUCUUUUCUUCACCAUUUGCCUAUUAUCCAUUAUCUCAUAUUUCUCUCUUCUCUCACCCUUUGCCUGUAUCUUCUCAUUCUCUCCCUUAUCCUUUCCAAUACAACUAAGAUUAUCCAUUAUCUCAUUCCUCUUUUCUCUCACCUUUUCCUGUUCUUCUCAUUCUCUUUAUCCUUCCAAUAUUAUCCAUUAUCUACAAUAAAAAUUAUCCAUUAUCUCAUUUCUCUUCCUUCACCCCUUUUCUGUAUCUUCUCAUUCUCUCCCUUAUCCUUCCAAUACAAAUUAAGAUUAUCCAUUAUCUCAUGCUUCUCUUUUCUCUCACCCUUUGCCUGUAUCUUCUCAUUCUCUCCUUAUCCUUCCAAUACAACUAAAAUCCAUUAUCAUUAUCUCAUCUCUUCUUUUCUUCUGCUCUUUGCCUGUAUCUUCUCAUUCUCUCCCUUAUCCUUUCCAAUACAACUAAGAUUAUCAUUUAUCAUUCUUUUCUCAUGCCUCUUGCCUGUAUCUUCUCAUUCUCUCCCUAAUUUUUCCUGUAUCUUCAUUCUCUUCUUAUCCAUUCUCUCCUUAUCCUUCAAUACAACUAAGAUUAUCCAUUAUCUCAUAUUUCCUCUUUUCUCACCCUUUGCCUAUUAUCCAUUAUCUCAUGCUUCUUCUCUUAUCCAUUUUGCCUGUAUCUUCUCAUUCUCUCCCUUAUCCUUUCCAAUACAACUAAGAUUAUCCAUUAUCUCAUUAUCCUAUUCAUUCUUUUCUCUCACCCUUUGCCUGUAUCUUCUCAUUCUCUCCCUUAUCCUUCCAAUACAAAUUAAUAUUAUCCAUUAUCUCAUAUCCAUUCUUCUUUUCUUAACCAUUUGCCUGUAUCUUCUCAUUCUCUCCCUUAUCCUUUCCAAUACAACUAAGAUUAUCCAUUUAUCUCAUGCCUCUUCUUUUUCAUUCACCUUUUGCCUAUUAUCCAUUAUCUCCCUCUUCUCUUUUUCACUUUUUGCCUGUAUCUUCUCAUUCUCUCUCCUUAUCCUUUCCAAUACAACUAAGAUUAUCCAUUAUCUCAUGCCUCUGUUUUUCUUAACCCUUUGCCUGUAUCUUCUCAUUUCUCUCCUUAUCCUUUCCAAUACAAUUAAAUUAUAUCCAUUAUCUCAUGCCUUAUCUUCUCAUCUUCUCUCUUAUCCUUUUGCCUGUAUCUUCUCAUUCUCUCCUUAUCCCUUUUUCCAAUACAACCUGUAUCUUUAUCCAUUAUCUCAUGCCUCUUAUCCAUUUCUCACCCUUUUCCUGUAUCUUCUCAUUCUCAUUCUCUCUUAUCCUUUUCCAAUACAACUAAAAUUAUCCAUUAUCUCAUGCCUCUUCUUCUUCAUUAACCAUUUGCCUGUAUCUUCUCAUUCUCUCCUUAUCCCUUCCAAUACAACUAAGAUUAUCAUUAUCUCAUAUUUCAUCUUCUCUCACCAUUUGCCCUGUCUUCUCAUUCUCUCCCUUAUCCUUCCAAUACAACUAAAAUUAUCCAUUUAUCUCAUGCCUCUCUCUUUUUCCAUUCGUUCCUUUUCCUGUAUCUUCUCAUUCUCUCCUUAUCCUUCCAAUACAACUAAGAUUAUCCAUUAUCUCAUGCCUCUUCUGAUUUUUCUAACCUUUGCCUUCUAUCCAUUAUCUCAUGCUUCUCUCUCUUCUCUCACCCAUUUUUGCCUGUAUCUUCUCAUUCUCUCCCUUAUCCUUUCCAAUACAACUAAGAUUAUCCAUUAUCUCAUGCCUUCUCUCUUUUUCACCCUUUGCCUGUAUCUUCUCAUUCUCUCUCCCUUAUCCUUUCCAAUACAAUUAAAAUUAUCCAUUAUCUCUCACCCUCUAUCUUUCAUUUCUCAUUCACCCCUUUGCCUGUAUCUUCUCAUUCUCUCCCUUAUCCCUUCCAAUACAACUAAGAUUAUCCAUUAUCUCAUGCCUCUGUUCUUCCUCUUCACCCUUUGCCUGUAUCUUCUCAUUCUCUCUCUUAUCCUUCCAAUUCCAAUCAAUUUCCAUUAUUAUCCAUUAUCUUCUCUUAACCAUUUGCCUGUAUCUUCUCAUUCUCCUUAUCCUUCCAAUACAACUAAAAAUCAUCCUUAUCUCAUAUCUAUCUUCCCUUUGCCUGUAUCUUCUCAUUCUCUCCCUUAUCCUUCCAAUUAA